ACACAAGUCGGCCAUAUUAGAGAGAUGGAAAUAAAGCUUCCUUAAUGUUGUAUAUGUCUUUGAAGUACAUCCGUGCAUUUUCUUUCUUAGCUUCUAACCAUUCCUCCCUUGUGGUCCUUGGUCUCUCAAUCACCCUCUCCCAUAGCCCACCCGCCUAACAUCACAGUCUCUGAAAAUGCACAGGGAUGCCUGGCUACCUCGCCCUGCCUUCAGUCUCACGGGGCUCAGUCUGUUUUUCACUUUGGUACCCCCAGGACGGAGCAUGGAAGUCACAGUCCCCACCACUCUCAGUGUCCUCAAUGGGUCCGACACCCGCCUGCCCUGUACCUUCAACUCCUGCUACACCGUGAACCACAAGCAGUUCUCUCUAAACUGGACUUACCAGGAAUGUAGCAAUUGCUCAGAGGAGAUGUUCCUCCAGUUCCGAAUGAAGAUCAUUAACCUGAAGCUGGAGCGGUUUGGAGACCGUGUAGAGUUCUCCGGGAACCCAAGUAAGUAUGACGUGUCGGUGACCCUGAAAAACGUGCAGCUGGAAGACGAAGGCAUCUACAACUGCUAUAUCACCAACCCACCGGACCGCCACCGUGGCCAUGGCAAGAUCUACCUGCAGGUCCUUCUGGAAGUGCCCCCAGAGCGGGACUCCACGGUGGCGGUCAUUGUGGGUGCCUCAGUGGGGGGCUUCUUGGCUGUGGUCAUCUUGGUGCUGAUGGUGGUCAAGUGCGUGAGGAGGAAAAAGGAGCAGAAGCUGAGCACGGAUGACCUGAAGACUGAGGAGGAGGGCAAGACGGACGGUGAGGGCAACAUGGAAGACGGUGCCAAGUAACCGCAGCCCGCCCCGACGCCCCUCCCUGUGUCCUGUGUCCUCUCACUCUCUGCCCUGUACAGUGUGACCCUGCCUGCUCUCUCUUGGUGUGCUUCUCUCAAACAGGACCCCAGAUCGACCUGGGGCCUCACUUCCCAUCCCCCCACCACCCAUACCAAGGGUGACCUCCCUCCCUUUCAUCCAAAAACUGCCUUGGUGUCUGAGAUAUGCAAGCCCUGGGGAAGCAGAGAAGGGUUCUAGCCUGUCAGUCUUUGCAGAAGAAAGACUAUGUGUGUGGUCCCAAAGAUGGGAAGGGGCAGGAGGGCAGUGGGAGAAGAGGCUGGUUGCUCAUCUUGUCUACGGUUUGGUCUGAUGAUGGUUUAAACUGUGGGGGCAGCAGUGUGUAUGUAUGCGGGGAGGGUGUUCUGUGCUGACCAGAGGCACCAUGGGAAUGACUCAUGGUGACUUUGCUGUGUUCCUCUGGCUACUCCCAGCACAGAACAACCAUCAGGCUGGGGAUGAAGGUGGGGUCCUGCCAUUUGUGGGGCGCAUUUUUAAAAAUGUAUUUAAAGUCAAAUGCAUUUCGAGGGCUCUCAAGGAAAGCUGGGGCUGGGGCAUUCCUGGACACGAGCCUUGACCCAGAGAACUUGGCUCUGGCCUCAUUUCCAUCACUAGCUGUUCCCAGGGAGACUCUGGUUCUUUGUUGACUACCGCUCUCUUGGGGAUGCUGCAGAAGCAUUGCUGAAAAAGCAGCAUCAGGCAGGAUCAUGCCCCACCCUAGGGACCCCCAGCAGGAUCAUGCCCCACCCUAGGGACCCCCAGCAGGAUCAUGCCCCACCCUAGGGACCCCCAGCAGGAUCAUGCCCCACCCUAGUGACCUUCAGCAGGAUCAUGCCCCACCCUAGGAACCCCCAGCAGGAUCAUACCUCACCCUAGGGACCCCCAGCAGGAUCAUACCCCACCCUAGGGACCCCCCAGCAGGAUCAUGCCCCACCCUAGUGACCUUCAGCAGGAUCAUGCCCCACCCUAGGGACCCCCAGCAGGAUCAUACCUCACCCUAGGGACCCCCAGCAGCAUCAUGCCCCACCCUAGGGACCCCCAGCAGGAUCAUGCCCUACCUUAGGGACCCCCAGCAGGAUCAUGCCCCACCCUAGGGACCCCCAGCAGGAUCAUGCCCCACCCUAGUGACCUUCAGCAGGAUCAUGCCCCACCCUAGGAACCCCCAGCAGGAUCAUACCUCACCCUAGGGACCCCCAGCAGGAUCAUACCCCACCCUAGGGACCCCCCAGCAGGAUCAUGCCCCACCCUAGUGACCUUCAGCAGGAUCAUGCCCCACCCUAGGGACCCCCAGCAGGAUCAUACCUCACCCUAGGGACCCCCAGCAGCAUCAUGCCCCACCCUAGGGACCCCCAGCAGGAUCAUGCCCUACCUUAGGGACCCCCAGCAGGAUCAUGCCCCACCCUAGGGACCCCCAGCAGGAUCAUGCCCCACCCUAGGGACCCUCAGCAGGAUUAUACCCCACCCUAGGGACCCCCCAGCAGGAUCAUGCCCCACCCUAGGGACCCCCAGCAGGAUCAUACCUCACCCUAGGGACCCCCAGCAGGAUCAUACCCCACCCUAGGGACCCCCCAGCAGGAUCAUGCCCCACCCUAGGGACCCCCAGCAGGAUCAUACCUCACCCUAGGGACCCCCAGAAGGAUCAUACCCCACCCUAGGGACCCCCCAGCAGGAUCAUGCCCCACCCUAGUGACCUUCAGCAGGAUCAUGCCCCACCCUAGGGACCCCCAGCAGGAUCAUACCUCACCCUAGGGACCCCCAGCAGCAUCAUGCCCCACCCUAGGGACCCCUAGCAGGAUCAUGCCCUACCUUAGGGACCCCCCAGCAGGAUCAUGCCCCACCCUAGGGACCCCCAGCAGGAUCAUGCCCCACCCUAGGGACCCCCAGCAGGAUUAUACCCACCCUAGGACCCCCAGCAGGAUCAUGCCCCACCCUAGGGACCCCCAGCAGGAUUAUACCCACCCUAGGGACCCCCAGCAGGAUUAUGCCCUACCCUAAGGACCCCCCAGCAGGAUCAUGUCCCAUCCUAGGGACCCCUUAGCAGGAUCAUGCCCCCACCUUAGAGAUCCCACAGAAGAAUCAUGCCCCACCCUAGGGACCCCCCAGCUGGAUCAUGCCCUACCUUAGGGACCUCCAGCAGGAUCAUGUACCAUCCUAGGGACUCCCCCAUCAGGAUCAUACCCCCCCUACUGAUCCCCCAGCAGAAUCACGCCCCACCCUAGGGACCCUCAGCAGGAGACCUUUGUUGGAAUCUGCUAGGGGACCAAGGGGUGCUGGCUUCAUUACAAACACGUUUAGCUGCCUUCUCAAUCAAGAUGAUCACCUAGGUCUCAGCCACUAGCAGCCAAGGCUCAGAACUCGUGUGUGUGUGUGUGUGUAUGUGUGUGUGUGUGUGUGUGUGUGUGUGUGUGUGUGUGUGUAGUGUGUGUAUAGAGAGCAACUUCCUGCAGGGCUUCAGUUGGGGGUUUCUAGUUGCCUUUGGCAGGGUUUCCAUCUGGUUUUUGGCAAGAGGAAAGAGAAGGCUGGAGGGCAAUGUGAGAGGACUCCAUAGAGCCUCUGAGCACUCACUGCCCCAGAACUCCCUUUGCAGGGGAGAGAGCUGCUCUGUGCGAAGCCAACUUUCACUGCCGUUUUACUAUCAUCAUAAGGAACUUGUCUAAGUCUAGAGCCGGGGAGAAAGGCGGGGUAGAAACCGCUCACUGGAGAGCAUGGUGUUGGGAGAUGCCCAGAGCCUCCUACAGAUCAGGAGACUGAAGUGGCCAACAGAAGCUGAAGGAAGGUCUUGCCCAAUUCUGGCUCCCUGGUCCCCACUUAGAACAAACAGAGCUUCCUGGUGGGAGGACCUCAAGUCUAGAAGGUGUUUGUGUGUGGUGGUGGUGGGGUUCAUCUAGCCCUGCUCCCCUCCCAGGAAUUCAGCCCCUAUAAGCUCAGGGAGUUAGCUGUCCAGGGUAAGGAGUGAGUGUGGUGGAUACAGGACCAUGACAGUCUCAGGGACCAAUCCUUGCCUCUGCUUAUCAGAUAGCCAACUAGAAGAGACAAUGAGAGCAGAUGGGAGGUUCCCUUUAAUUCACUUCCAUUCAACAACCAUUUCUUGAGCGUCUGCUCUAUGCCAGGCACUGUGCUGGGUGCCAGGAGAAUUACAAAGCCAUAACAGGGUUAGGGACUGCCAGAUCUGCAUGGUAGGACCAAGAUUAACAUUUUGGUGCAUCUACUUUCGCCUCCGUAGCCACUGAUUCCACAAGAGAGUCAGGGGAGAAGGAAGAAGGCUUUCAAAUGUGGAGCUUGGGAAAGUAAGAGGGUAAGGGAAGAGGGAAGGUACCACUGGGAGGGGUCAGGGAGGUUGAGCAUGGUUAACCAACCAGAGAACUCCCAGUAAGGUGAAUCUAGCCCUUCUGAAAGUUCUACACUCUUUGGCUCAGUACCUAACUGUCAGGCAACAUACCACCAAAGGGAAUAGGCUAAGCCACCAGAAUGCCUGGAGCAGGUAGGCACUGCUUAUCCUUCAAGCCAGCCAGCUAAGGGUGGAGAGAUGAGUGGUGGGCACUUCAAAGCAGCUGGAACCAGAGGUGGUGGUAUAUACUUCGCCCGCUUGGAAUAGUGAGUUCUCAUCACCUUGCACAUGCCCUCUUCUCUCAGGAUGCACUGACUUUGCUCACACUAGGUGGGCUACUUGUGAGAUCCCCUGAGGGUUGUUUUAAAGAAGGUCUGUCUCUUUAAGAAGCUGGAGUCUCUUGGGGUCUUUUUCUUUUCUGCCCAGAUGGAGUGGGGUCCAGGGAGAGCAAGGGAGAACAAUGCUGUCUCUGGACCCCACAGGCUGCGCCAGGAGCUGUUUCUGCCCUAGGUGCUUGCCCUCUUGUUCACUUUCUUCUGGAGCGGCUUUAGACCCUCCUCUAGGGCCUCUGGGCUGUGAGGUUGGGAACAAAGCCAGGCUUCUGUGAGGUGAGGUGGGAAACCGUGAGAUGUUUCCACCGGAGCCUUACUCAACCUUGCUUCCCAGCUUACGCCUGCAAACUGCUCUCUCGCUGCUGCGUGGGCUUUGGGCUCCACUGCUGGCUGCAUGCUCCCACCACUGUGUUCUCAAUCACUCCUGCCUUUCCUGCCCUCCCCGAACCCCCGCCACACAUCCCAUCUGCCUCUUCCUCCUAAUUAAGGGCCACUGCAAAGAAAGAUGGGCUGGCUAACCCAUGGGAUUUAGCUUAUGAGAACAAAGCACAAUUUUUCAGGACUGAAAAUGCCUUGAGGUGCCUUGGAACUGGCUUUGGAAAUAGCUCUCUGCCCCUCCAGCGAUGAACUCAUCAGUUAUUCCCAGUUUAUAAAAAAGGAAAAGCUGAUUGGGUCCACGUUUGCCUGCGAGUCUCCUUGGGAAAGUUGGGCUGCUAAAUAUUUACAAGAUCAGGUAAAGGAGGCAGACAGGUGGAAAUACCGGCCAGGUCCAAAGAAGUUAGUCCCAGGUCAUAGGAAUGGCUUGGUGCAGUUGGAACGGGUGAUAAACCAAGAAAACUUUCUUCCUACAUAUGUCUUAAGGAUAGACGGCCUUGCUGUGCCUCUUGCUGAUGUCUUCCUUUAUUGACGCUUGCUGAUGUGACUGUACAUAGCCUUUCUAUAUAGGUAUAGAUAUAUUAUAUAUGCAUAUAUAAAACAUCUCACUAUGCCCACCCCAAAAGUUACACUGUUGGGGCCAGGGCAUAACCACGUCUCAGUGUUUCCUAGUAGAUUCACCAAAGGUUCCUUAUGGAAUGUUCUUCAUGCUUUGGGGGAGAGCCCAGCUGCAUAGCAAGCGCUUAUGCAUGUCUAGGUUCUACAUGCUGUUUGGCGGUUGGAAGGAGUGGUUGGGAGGGGAGAGAAGCUUAAACAAAUGGUCUUCUGAGACCUGACUGCUGGGAGCAGGCUGAGUUUCUUUAGUGGUUUGUAUGGUUGCUUGGAUCUGUUGGCUGCAAUAAACACACUGUCUCCCCUGAAUAUCUCUCUAGUGUGGU